CAGGUAAGGACUCAACUGUCCAUAAAUUUGAGGAAAUCACUUGUCAUCCGCAUUCUCCCGCUCCUUCCCACUAGUAAACACACGUACGAUAUAAUUUUUGGAUAUGAACGGCAGACAGUCGACCACGUUAAACGUUGAGGAAAUUACAAACGGUAAGGAUGUUGUAUUUUCGCCACAACUGAACUCUGCAAUAGAAGAAGACGAAAUGGAUGUCCUUGCGAGUUCAAUGAGCGCAGACGAGGAAUCACUGUUUGUUGCGGUUCGAAGCGGCAACAAAGAAGCAGUUCAAAAUUUGCUCAGUACCAAACGCGUUGAUGUCAAUUGCCGAAAUGCAAACGGUGAAACUGCUCUGCAAACAGCAGUCGAGGAACAAGAUCUCGACAUCAUGCAAAUACUUCUCAAAAACAAUGCUGAGAUCGGUUCGGCUUUGUUUCAAGCUGUCAGGAACAAUUCCUUGCAGUGUGUGAGAAUUUUGGUGGCUUACGACAAAAGUCGCAAAAGCUUCGGUGCGAAGUCGCUCGAAAAGUUUUCUACCAAAGGAACGGGUAGAACUUUAGGGCGGUUUGACGAAUUUCUGACCCCACUCGGCCUGGCUGUGUUAAACGGAAGCUACGAAAUUGUCGAAUUUCUUGUUAGUAAAGGCUACAAAGUUGAACAUCCGCUCACCCGCAAAAGCCAAGAUUUCGCCAAACAAUUCGAGGAGGAAUCAAUGAUCAGGCUUAAAAAUUCUGUUGUGAAAUUAAACACUUACCGUGCAUUGGCGAGCCCUUUGUAUAUAUCACAAUUGUUCUUACACGAAAGCAAAAAUUUGAGUACAAGGAAUACGGAAUAUUCAGCCAGUGAUCCAUUGUUUCGAUCUAUCGUUUUGAAGAAGAAACUGAAAAAGCUUUCUUUUCGUGAAGGCGAGUUUCGAGAUGAUUAUCGAGCUCUCUCCGCUCAGUGUGAGAAUUUUGCAAUUCGGUUAUUGGACGAAUGCAGAAAUCUCGAAGAAAUCGCCGCCGUCAUGGACAUGCCGGAACUGGACAAAAUGGAAGACGACGCGUAUCUGAGGAAUAAGGAACACCAACUGCGUGUGCUCAACCUCGCCAUAAAAUACCAGAAUAUAAAGGUAUGCAAGAGUAAAAAAAUAAUGUAAUUCGGGCAAAUAAUGUCAUUGUAGCAAUAUCUUCUUCAAUUGGAGCUGUAUCUUUCUUUGAUGCUAAAAGGAUCAGCAAGCAGAUCAGACUAUGUCGGUUGUUGGUAUAUCUAAAAGAUAAACAAGGUUAUUAGUCUCUAAAGAAACCGUUUCUAAAAAAACCUUUUUGUAACGUGUGUUUAUAAGCCACCUAUUGUAGACGAGAUAUUAGUUACUAAAGAAACUGUAGCGCUACGUCAGCGAGCAAGUGAGUCGAUUAGUUGGUUAUCAAAUGUAAGUCGAUAAAGGAAAAUAAUUGGCCUUGGCAAAUUCUGAAAAGCAGUUUAUCUUAUCAACUUAUAGUCAAACAGAAACUAAAUGUCUCCGAUAGAUAACUUGAGGACUUGUAACUAUCUUUAAUAAGCAUUGAAAUAACCUUCCAGAAGCUCAAGCUCACCGUCUGAUUAUUUUUUAUCAGGAAUUGUUGACUAAAUUCAUUGCCUUGAACGUCAGAAGUAAAAAUUGAAAAAACGCUAUUGUUCAUAUCUGUAUAAUCUCAACGCAAGACUGAGAAGAAUGAAGACAAUAGUUUAUUGUUGAAACGUGAAAGGGCUUGUAAAGACCCCUGUCACGUUUUGUUGCCAGAAAUAAUUGAAAUCAAGAGACCAUUACGCUUAAUAUAGUCUCUCGUCAAAACACUGAGGUUUUGUAGUUUUGUAGAAUAUUACUUGAAAGAAAAGGUUUCCGGCUUCAACGCAUGAGCGACUUGAGAGGUAUUUUUGAAUGGCGGGGUAGUCUUGAUCCUUCCUUAAGCAUCCUUGACUUUGAGCUUCCUCAUUCAUACGGAAAGUUUCCACGGAAACGAUCAUGAGUCGUGUAUUUUAGUCCUCGAAAGCUUACAAAUCCAAUAUGAAAAAGUUUGGUUCGCGUGCCAUAUAGUAAACUACUUAAAUUAGAAAUAUGGCCCUUAGGCUCAUAUCUCCUGUGUAGCUCUCCCGCUCGGUUAGUCAUCCGUUUACAAAACAGCCAGAUGCAUGUGGAUCGCGCAACAAGAACGGAGAGAAGUAAAAACCACCUCUUCUGUCUGUGGGCUGUUGUAGCGCACGUUUUCACAAAGUGUAGUUUCCUUUCUUAAAUACAAACACAUUUUCUCGACGAGCACAUGGUAAAUAUUCUGAUGCAUUCGUAGCUGCAAUUGUUAUGACCAUAAAAACUGACUUCUGACUUUCAGAUGUAUUUUUUAAUGUUUUUUUUUUCCAGUUCAUAGCUCACCCUUACAGCCAAGUGAUGCUCAAUUCAGUGGUAUAUAAGGGUACAUCUGGAUGGCAGCAAAUGCGUUUUCCUGUCAAACUCUUCCUGGCGAUAUUGUACACUCUUUUUAUGCCGCUAUGCAUGCUGGUGUAUAUGCUCACUCCGAUCAACCCUCUUACCAAGAAGUUAGAGAUACCCUUGAUCAAGCUAAUGAGCCAGGCCUCCUCUGUUGUCUGGUUCCUAGCUUUGAUAACACUGUCUGCCUUCCAAGAUUAUUAUGACUUGUCCUUACGAUUGUCGCCAUUGAGUAAGUAGACAAGUUAUCGUUAAGAGAGGAGAUAAAAGCCCCAGCAACCACGUUCUUUUAAUCUCCUCGUCUAAAACUUUUGUAUAGGGGUUAAUUUUGGUUACUUAACCUCUUAUAAUCUUCCAAACUAGACAAAUAUUGACUAAGUUAGAGGGCCGGACGGGAAAGUGUUUGGCUCGAGGUCAUCGGAUCGAGCACACAAGUGUCCGUGCGUUAUGACCGAGAACCAAAUAUUUUCCCGUCCGGCCCGACCCAACUCAGUCAAUAAGCAUUUUAUCAUAUGAACAAUAAGUGUUGAAGUUUUAGUUUCAACUUUAAUGGGAUGCGAUAGACGGGCACACGCGGAAGUGUCUUCUCCUUAAGUGCACUGAAACGAAAACAUUUAGGCUUCUUUAAUUGCAGAGGAGGAACCGAAACACAAGCGAUAAUAAUUUGUUUCCAAGAACUGAUACAUUUUCGUGUCUGAUUCACUGUUACUCUGAGUCAGUCCCAUAAUACCCUCGUUUCUUGUUCACAUAGAUGUAAUUAUUGGCAUCUGGGUGAUCGGAAUGACAGUUCAAGAAAUCAAACAAGCUCUUCAUCAAGGAAAAGAGCGAUACUUUUCAGAAUGGUGGCACCUGGCUGUAAUACCCAUGAUCAUCUGUUACAUCAUAGCCGCUGUUCUGUGGAUUGUGGGCUACGCAUAUAUAGCCUCGGAUUCGGGUGAAUGGACCGUGCAUGUCCGGGAGCUACUGGGUUCCACAUCCCUUACCCCAUACCACCUGUUGCUGUUAUCCAACAGUUUCUACUCCUUUGCAGUAGUGUUGACUUUCUUCGAAGCAUCUCAUACUCUACAAGUGAACUCCACCCUAGGGCCACUGCAUUUGUCGCUUAUGAAUAUGGGGAAAGAUAUCAUGAAGUUUUUCUUCCUUUUUGCUCUCAAUGUAUGUGCGUUUGCCCUUGCGAUGAGAAAACUGUACUCACAGUACGUGCAGUCGACAGCAGCACAUACUAAUAUGGGAAACAACAGCACCACAACCCAUGCUUUUGAAAGGUAACAAAUGUAAUGAUGGUGACGAUGAUACCAAAGUUAAUCUAUUGAAUACUCUCAAGGUGUGAGUAAUGGGGAAAGGGAUAGGGGCCAUAAACUACGCAUUAUUCUCGAUUAGCUUCGAUGGAGAUGAAAAUUAUCAGUUGCAGUUUGUCAAAAAAGUUCCGCGCUUCUGCGUGUUAGUUGAGUUGAUUCAGCUUGUUAUAAGCCUAUACGUUUAUGGUUAAACAAUCAUCGGAAACUAGUUUUAAAGCAAGUUACUCCAUAGUUAGUUACAAUGUUAUAAAAUGUUUGGCGUUGUUCGUUAAAGGUUAAUUUUAAAGGUUUUCUUUGAUGAUAAAUGGCCUUUUUCUGCGAUAUCAUUUUCUUACUUAUUUAUGAAACUGAGGCGCAAUCAUGGACAAUGAGCAUCCAAGCUAAACAUAACAGAAAUCGAGACACGAGUACAAAUAUUUUCAUCGUAGUGAUACUGUGAAGGGGCUACUUCACAAAGUCGCCAUUUGAAAUUCAUACAAAUCCUCUCCCUCCUUAGUCAUCCAGGAUCUGUUUUGGUUUGUUAUUUUUCCAUUUUGGUUUUUGUUUACCUUAGCAAAGUAUUAUCAGUUAAAAAUCAUUUUUCCACGACGCGAAAAAUGAGUCGCACACACAUUGUACUGCCGGACGAGCUUGGUAGGUUAUUUUUAUGAAGAUUUGUCUAAUUUCUCUCUUAGAAUCGAAGGAGUAUUCAGUACUUUAUUCUGGGCCCUGUUCGGACAUGCGGAUAAGUCAACCUUUGACACGAAUAAAAACGCUGAGAUCACCGAAAUCACUGGACACUUGCUCUUCGCCACUUACAGUCUCGCUUCCGUGCUAGUUGCAAUGAACCUCCUCAUUGCGAUGCUCAGUAAUACUUUCAAGAAGGUUUCUGUAAGUAUUAGUAAUCUAUGAGUGCUGCUAAAGUAUUAACGUACAGAUAGCAAAAUCACUCCCAUUUUCUAUCCGCCGGGAGGGGUCAUGUACUUUAAAGCCAGGGGAGUUGGUUUUAUAAGUUUCUUCUUGGGUGUGAACCACAUAAAUUCGAUGUCUACAUUUAUUAUCAGACUCCAUUUUAUGAUAAAUGCAUAUUAUCAGCCCUGUUUGGGAUGCGUUGGUCCUAAGGUAAACAAGCCAGGAUAUAGAUUGAAGUGUCCGGUUAACAUUAGGCGGGGGUCAUCCGACUGUGUUCCGUUAUAGAUGCUUGUUGUUACAGUUUCUCUCUUAACUUAAGGGUAAAUUUAAGGGCUGUUGAAAUGUUAGGGAAACCUUAGAAAAUAAUGGGGGGGGGGGAGGAAUGGGUGAAUUGCAAUUGACUAGCAUCCAAACUAUUGGAAUUAGUAGUAUUUCAGACACUUUAACAAUGACUGAUUUUCUGUUAGCAAUGAAAUGUAAAUAUCUCACAAAUAUUCUCAAUACGUAAUUUUCACUUGAACAUAACCCAGAGUUUUUCUCCUACACUUGACGGUAUGAACAAUAAAGGGUUUUGGAAGACUGAUCAAUGUCAAUAAAUCAAUCUAUCAAACUAUCCAUUAGUAAAUCAAUAAUAUAUCCGAGGCUUUUCCUCGAAUCCCUUUGCGCAUCAGUUUCUUCAGGAGCCAUUAAUGGAUCUCCUCCUUUGUUCUUUCCUUUCUCUGUGCGCCAAUUAAGUGCAUUCGACUGUAUUCUUGCAGGAGGAGAAGGAUAUGAAAUUCAAGUUUGCUCGUACCCGUGUUUGGAUGUAUUACGUCAGUAGGAUCAGUCCUCUGCCUCCCCCAUUUAACUUGUUUCCGGUAGGAAAGAUCGCUUUGGGAAUCCGCCGGCUCGUUACACGGUGCAGCUCAAUGGGAGAAGUAAGUAGUAAAGAACAGUAACGGUAUAAGCACUUGCACAAAAUUUGGAUGUUCGUUUCUCGUCUUGUAAACCAAAUGAGCCAAGAGUGAUCAACAUGCAACUUCUCAUGGUAAUUUUAUUUCAUAAUUUAGAAAAUAUUUAGUCGGAGUACUCAAACUGAUCAGCUGGAAGAGGUUGUCCUGAUGUAACACUUGAUUCUCCUAAUUCAUAUUACAAGGAAAUUUAUGACAAUUAGUAAGGAGAAAAGAUGGUUAUUUGGUGGGAUCUAAAAAUUUAAGGCAUUUCUUCUCUCCUCCUCUCCCAAGAAAUAAGAAAGAGUUUAGGAUUUAAUUAAUCCUAUCUAGGAGUUUUAAUUUUUAAUUUUAUCUUCUCAAGUGUCUCGUCUGCAAUGAGAAGCAAGAAUCGUCUCCAAAAACCAAGACAAAUGAGAAGAGAGUGAGUUUGAUUCAUAAACUUUAUUAGGAUUAGCCCAUAGAGCUAAAAUAACACAGUUAUGAACAACUGUAGAGGUAUCAGUAAUUAGGUACGUUGAAAGACACACUACAAUUGAUUCCUGAGCUUUUUCUGUUUUCCUUUUGAAAGCUUAUACGUAACCCUGGCCUACUUUUUCUCCAAUGAAACACAGGCCCAGAAUGGGUGAGUGAUAGAAUUGGCCUCUGUCCGAGCACUUUUCACUUGAAAAAUACUAAAACCUAAAUAAUAUCAUUUGGAAAUGAAGGAAACAAGCCAAUGAGAACUCGUAAACAGCCUCAAGCACAAAAAACGUCAAUGAUCAGGUCACGAUUGUUUUUUAGACAUGCUUCUGAUUGGUUGGAACUGAAGCACAACAAACUGUUGCGUAAACCAAUCAGAAGGCGCUGUAAAGCAAAAUAGUCAAUGCGACCUUGUAAUACGUUCUAGUACUCAGUUAAAGAUUAUCCAAAAACCAGCAAUAAUCAUUACCAGAGAGAAAAUGCGCAACAUUGUUCAAAACUGAUCAUUCAAACAUCUAGCAGAAUUAUUGUCGUUAGGCCUUGGCAGUGAAUUGAGCUGAAAACUCAAUUUUGUGUUUCAUAGCGUCGAAUGGUCAUCAAAAAUCUAAUCCAGCGCUAUUUUGAUGUGAACGGAAAAACACAAAAAGAGGAGCCUGUUGAAGAUCAUCCACCUCCAGAAGAGUUACAAUGCAAGCUGAUGGAGGUCACUAAUACAUUACAGAAUCUACAAACCGCGAUAAAGCGGUUCCGUCAAAAAACACCAACGGUGAGUCAGUUCCAGUUUUAAACACUUUGGGACGCAAUUGUAUUUUUAAACGAGUGCACUAGUAACAUGCUCGGUGUCCGCUGUUUGGUUUUAUAACCAAACAGAAAUAACUUAUUACGCUAGAAUAAGCUUCACAUUAACUUUCCUUCUUAUUAAUUUUUUUCUUUAAUCAUUAUUUCAGGAAAAGAACAAGACUGAGAAAACAGAACCGCUCGAGUGAUGCAGCUUGUUUUAACAAGUUGAUUACUAAGGCAAAGAUACAUUCGUAUUGCUCGCUAAAUAGAUUUUGAAAUGAAAAAGAAUUAGUUAAUGUAACGGGGAAAAUUCUGUGAUACAAUGCCGCUGACUCAUCUAGCCACUCUAGCGCAUAUAAGAAAAUACAUUUUAUGAUGUCUACUCGAUAAUCAAAGUAUAUCGAAGUGGCUUUUUGUCACAAAUCGGCUUGUGGGAUGGGUGUCGUCCAAACAAUGCAGAGUAGCAUAAGAAGUCGAAUUUUAUUGUAAAGUAUACAAUUUCGCUACAUACCAUUAGUAAGAUACCGUAAGUAAUUUACCAUAACAUAUUGAAAGUAGUGUAAUAAGUCGUAAAAUAAUGUAAAUGUAGAGUAUUGUGUAGGUAGUGUAAGUAAUCGAGAGUAAGUCAUCUUACUGUAAUAAAGUUUAUUAUAACAUUGCGCGUGCUUGCCUUAUAAUAUAUAGAUUUAGCCAAGCCUAA